AUGCCCCGUGGAAGGAUGGAUGGGACAAGGACACGCAAAGACCUUGGUGAGGUGCCAAUUACUGAGUAUGAAAAGGAGAGGGCUUUAAAUGUGAUGAGGAACAACAAAAUGUUGAGUAGCCUUGGUAUAACUGGAUUAACAUCAGUUAUUCGAUCAAGUAGUACAAGGAAGAACUCUAUCGCUCGUGAAGACAUUGAUCCAUUGUAUGAACCUGAUCAUAGUGAGGACAAUGAUCAUCAUGUGGCUGAUCAGGAUGAACCUUUCUACAUUGAAAGAAGGAACACCAACAUGUCUACCGGUUUUGGAGGAACAAAAGGAUCCAAGAGAGUGGUAGCACCUAAUGUAGAAGACCAAGUUGGUAGAGUAACUAGGCAGAAGACAAAGGAACUAUCCUUAGUUGAGAAAGAUAUACAUGGUUCGACUGCAAAUACAGAUGAGCACACAUUGAUUUCUGCCAAUUUUCCUGCACACCUUGAUGACGAGAUUCAGAUGUGUGAUGAAGAUAAAUGGAUAAGGGGAAAAAGUAUGGGCAGACAAUUGGAAAGGAUAAGUCGAGGUUUAAACACUAAGAUCCCAUUGGUCAUCACUGAAGGGAAUAGACGUCCUGAGGUUCCUAUGCAAGCUGCAAUGCUUGCAUCAGAAGGAGGAAUUGUAAUUAGGCAACAUAUGCCGAUCCUAACACAUUGGAAGGAAUACAAGAAUGACAAAUCCUAUUUGGAAGACUUCGUCGGUAGAAUUGGGGGUCAAUUUGCCAUAGACACCAAAAACAAAGAUGUCAAAUAUGCAUGUGCUGAUUUGAUGAGGUGUAAUCAACGACAAAUGAGAUAUAAGCUCAAGAAGGCUUACUUUAAUGGUGUGGCAGCUGACAAAGUUAGAACAACAUCACCGUUGAGCACUAUGAUAGAUGAGCAAUGGAUGCAACUAGUGAAUAUGUGGUCUACCCCAAAGCACAAGGACACAAUGGAAGCACUUGUGGCUGAGCCUGGAGUAGAAGGGAAAGAAUCUAAGACCCCUACAGAAGCAGUUGCUCAAGUAUUGUCUUCAUCAAACUUUCUUCAUAAUAUUGGUCUUGUACCCGCCACAAAGAAAAGUUGCAAUGGUGGUGAUCCUACACGUGUUGCAGAACUCAAGGCUAAACUUGAAUCAGAGAAGCAAAACUCAUUAGCAGUUAGAGCUCAGUUAGAUGUCCUAAAGAAGAAGGUAGAAGAAUCAGAAGAAGCAAGGGCUAAGGAGUUAGAAAAGAUUAAUGAUCUGCAAAAAGGAGUAGAUGAGACCAAUGCUCUCCUUCGUCAUCUCUUUAGCCUCAAUAAGUAG